UCUUCAAUAUGACACUUUGAAAAUCAUAGGCAACUUGAUAAAACUUAGGAGAUCAUCAACUCUUAACAUUUCAAAAUGCCUGUGUUUAUCCCAUCUGACAAACCAAAGAGGGUGUCUAUGGACCAAAUCAACUUCGAAAGGAACAUUAUCGAAAAAUUAGAAAAGGCGGAUAUCAAUAACGAUGGUCGUUACACAAAGAAGGAACUCAAAAAAGCUCUAAAGGAUUUAGGUUCUUACUACCCUGGAUGGAGAGCCAAUCGUUGUUUGAUGAAAGCUGAUGCCAAUAAAGACGGACUAAUCAGUGGCGAGGAAAUCGACACUUUAGUUGAUUAUCUCCUCACUCGUGGUUUUGGCAAGAACUAAUAAUUAUUAUAAGAGGUGAUAUAUGAUCAAUAAUCAAACCCUGCUAAUAGCUUUAAGGCAGUUUAGUAGUAUAUGCAGUUUAUGUUUAUGUUAUCUUAGAACCCUCUGUGCUUAUAUGUAACACAGAAGAACCGGAAGAAUACAAUUAAUUCCUCCUGUGUUAUGCUAUAUAUGUGCAUGACUUGCUUGCUCAUAAAAUAAAUAGAUAUUUCCCCUACCUUUCUGGUGUA